UUUAUAUUUAUUUAUAAAUCCCCGCUUGUCAAUUCUAUUAAUAUACACUUCUCACUUUAUAUACGCUCUCUCUUCUUAAUCUGUCUUUAUUUUGCGUCAUGUCAUUUCAACAAUCAUCUCUUACUGUUGAAAGAAAGGUAAAGUAAUAAAAGUAAAAUAAAAGAGAAUAACUCACUCAAAAUGGUCAUAAUAGAAAUUACGUACCUUUAGUCCUAUUAUCUUAUUUCAUGAUCAUCAAUAUGUAGAAGCAGGUGAUCUACAUCAUAUCCAUAUUCCUUAUAGUGAUAAACGCCAUCUUGAUUUACACAAGAAAAGAAUUCAUGACAUGUUGGAAACAAAUGGCAAAUACUGGUUAGACAUCAUAACAUGGACAAGAGAUCAUCCUGAACCUCAUUCACCUGUACCUUCCUUAAUAUCCUCACCUAGUCCUCCUCCUGUCAUCGCUUCUUCUUCUUCUUCAAAUGUGGUUAAGCAUUUGACAGAUAAACCUAAUAAUAAUAAUAAACGCCGACGUGGGAACCUGCCUAAGGCUGUGACAGCCAUACUUCGUGAUUGGCUCUCCAAACAUAAAAAGCACCCGUAUCCUACCGAAGAAGAAAAGGCAGCAUUGGCAGCAGAGACUAACUUGAACUUGAAUCAAAUUAGCAAUUGGUUUAUCAAUGCAAGAAGACGUAUUUUACAACCUAUGCUUGAAGAAGAAGAAAGAAACAAUACUACAUUUGAUGUUCAUGAUUCAAUGUAUCAUGAUCGACGAGGCAAAAAGAGGUCAGCCAGCUACAGUAGCAGUAGUAGUGGUUCAGAAAGUGACGUCAAAUACCCUACAAAGAGAGUCAUGAUCAAUAGAAGAAGAAGUUGAGCUUUCUUUUAUUAUUGUUAUUAUGUAUAGUUUGUAUUAUUAACCCAUUUUAUAUAUUUUGCCUGGUGCAUUGUUAUUCAUUCAUUAUCUUAUAUAUUGUUAUUUCUAUAAUUAAGUAAAAUAAAU